GGCGUUUUAUCAGCCAAGUACAGCCUGAAUCGUGAGGAGCGGACGAUGGGGGGAAAAAUCCCACUCUUGUUUCUUUUUCUCCAACAUCACCGUCACUAACAUGUAGACCGGUGCGUGUAAAAAGACCCGGAGCGCGAUGGUCUUUGCUGUCUAGGAGAAUAUAAUUCUAAUUAUAGUUGUGAAUAAAAAAAAACAUUUUGGAUUAACAGCGGACUUGUUUCUGGACUAAAGGGGUUUCCUUAAUUUGUUUCCGCGCGUGUGUAAAUGUUGGACCGCAUAUAACCUUAGUUUCUACCCUCUGGAGUGAAAAGUGCGCCAGCCUUAUUUCCCAGGCUUAUUUCCAACGCUUGAGCGUCGGUAUUUUUUUUAGGGGGCUAUGUGGCUUUUGGAAGGAAUGCACCUUAUCCUAACGGGACGUAACGCACAGAGGAAUAUUGUCUGAGGUGGAAAAAAAGCAGCGGAUGGGAUCCUGCCUGAACGGGGACAGACUUUGGACCAGACCGAACUACGCCAAGUAUAAUCACUACAACCACUGCACUGUUACUCCUGCUCCUGCUGCUGUACAUGGCCGUCAUCUCGAAAUGAUGGAAACCCUCAUCACUGUCUGGCUUAUCUACUUUCUGAGAAGUGGAGCUUAAAGAUGUCUUUGCUGUUUUCUUCUUCGUUGCAGUGGUUGUUGGCAGGACCUUUGUGAGGAAUAUUUUCCAUAUUGUGAGGAAUAUUUCCCAGACUAACCUUCGCCGAGCUGUAAGAAACUGAUGGCUGCUACAGUUCCACCGGAUAGUUUGAACUGCCUGGAUUUUAAAAAGGAUCAUUAGCAACCGCAACUUCUUCUGCUCCGGAGUUACCCACUCACAUAUGCCUGUGUGUGAAUGUGAUUUUAGUGUGACUGUGUGUUUGUGUUUGCAUCUGCAUGGCGUAAGUGAGAGAUAGAAAAUAAGGAAUUUUCACUCGGAAAGGACAAGAGAGGACGCAGCGAACAAGUUGAAAAACAGGAGUAGCAGCUAUGUCCCAGUGGAGGCACCAUUCAAGGACUGGGUGUCAGCUCCAGACUGCCAAGAGUGGGAGCAGGAUGAUGGGAUAUGUAAGGCUUGAAGGUUCCUUAAGCAGCGGCCGGCGGGUGUCCUCUCUAAUAUGGCUGGGACUGAUGCUGCUGCAGGCAUCUCUGGCCACCGUGAUGGCUCAGAAACUUGACGAGAACGACCCUGUGGUCACCACCACGUACGGCAAGCUGCGUGGCGUUAAGAAGGAGCUCAACAACGAGAUCCUGGGUCCCGUUGUGCAGUUUCUAGGUGUCCCGUACGCCGCUCCACCCACCGGAGAGCGCCGCUUUCAGCCACCUGAGCCCCCGGCGUCAUGGCCGGAGAUCCGCAAUGCCACACACUUUGCCCCGGUGUGCCCUCAGAGCAUCGUGGAGGGCCGCCUGCCGGAUGUGAUGCUGCCGGUGUGGUUCACUAACAGCAUCGACGUGGUGUCCACAUAUGUCCAGGACCAGAGCGAGGACUGUCUCUAUAUUAACAUCUAUGUCCCCACUGAGGAUGUCAAAAGAAUAUCCAAGGAAUGUGCCAGGAAACCGGGCAAGAAAAUAUGUAGACAAGGAGGUCCCCUUACAAAGAAACACACUGAUGAUUUAGGUGAUAGUGACCGCACGGACGACGAAGACAUUAGGGAGAGUGGAAGCCCCAAGCCGGUAAUGGUUUUCAUCCAUGGGGGCUCCUAUAUGGAAGGAACUGGGAAUAUGUUUGACGGCAGCAUCCUGGCCAGCUAUGGAAAUGUGAUUGUCAUAACUGUCAACUACCGGCUGGGCGUCCUAGGGUUCCUGAGUACAGGUGACCAGGCAGCCAAGGGGAAUUAUGGCUUGCUGGACCAGAUCCAGGCUUUGCGUUGGACCAGUGAGAACAUUGCAGCCUUUGGCGGCGACCCGUUACGUAUCACUGUGUUCGGCUCAGGGGCCGGAGCUUCCUGUGUCAACCUGCUCACGCUGUCUCACUACUCGGAGGGGCUGUUCCAGAGGGCCAUUGCACAGAGUGGCACAGCUCUGUCCAGCUGGGCUGUAAGUUUCCAGCCAGCCAAGUAUGCCCGAAUGUUGGCCCGUAAGGUGGGCUGUAACUUGGAGGACACUGUGGAGCUCGUGGGGUGCCUUCAGAGAAAACAUUACAAGGAGCUGGUGGAUCAGGAUAUCCAGCCAGCCCGCUACCACAUCGCCUUUGGACCUGUUAUUGAUGGAGAUGUUAUACCUGAUGACCCUCAGAUUCUUAUGGAGCAAGGUGAGUUCCUCAACUAUGAUAUUAUGCUGGGAGUUAACCAGGGCGAGGGCCUUAAGUUCGUGGAGCUCAUCGUGGACAACGAAAAUGGUGUUCAAGCGAAUGACUUUGACUAUGCGGUGUCCAGCUUUGUGGAUGACCUCUAUGGCUACCCAGAGGGCAAAGACAUCCUCCGAGAGACCAUCAAGUUCAUGUACACAGACUGGGCCGACAGGCACAACCCAGAGACCCGCCGGAAAACACUUUUGGCCCUUUUCACCGAUCACCAGUGGGUGGCACCAGCUGUCGCAACAGCUGACUUGCACUCCAGCUUUGGAUCACCGACAUACUUCUACGCCUUUUACCACCACUGUCAGACAGAACAGGUACCACCGUGGGCAGACGCAGCACAUGGAGAUGAAAUCCCGUAUGUGUUUGGCCUACCGAUGAUUGGACCAACAGAGCUGUUUCCCUGCAACUUCUCCAAGAAUGACGUGAUGCUCAGUGCCGUGGUCAUGACCUACUGGACAAACUUCGCCAAGACAGGGGAUCCAAACCAGCCUGUCCCCCAGGACACCAAGUUCAUCCACACCAAGCCCAAUCGCUUUGAAGAAGUGGCAUGGACACGCUACAAUCAGAAAGACCAGCUUUACCUGCACAUUGGCCUGAAACCCCGGGUCAAAGAGCACUACCGGGCCAACAAGGUCAACUUGUGGUUGGAGCUGGUUCCCCAUCUGCACAGCCUCAACGAGGUCACCCAGCUCAUCCCCACCACCACCAAGAUCCCUCCACCAGAGGCUACCAACCGCACUCCAAAAACCAAGGUUCUGGUGACCAAGCGCCCAAAUCCGACUCCGUUCCCCACUGAGACCCAGGACAGCCACAACCAGCCACAUCUGGUGGACCAGCGUGACUACUCCACUGAGCUGUCGGUGACCAUUGCUGUAGGAGCUUCCCUGCUUUUCCUCAAUAUUCUGGCCUUUGCCGCCCUUUACUACAAGAAGGAUAAGCGCCGGCAUGAUGUCCACAGGCGCUGCAGCCCUCAGCGGAGCGCUGCCAAUGAUCUCGCUCACACUCAAGAGGAGGAGAUCAUGUCCCUGCAGAUGAAGCAGCACUCAGACCUGGACUGCAGGGGGGUGAGCGACUCCCUGCACCCGCACGACGUAGUGCUGAGGACUGCCUGCCCGCCGGACUACACUCUGGCCAUGAGGCGCUCACCGGACGACAUCCCGCUCAUGACGCCAAACACCAUAACCAUGAUCCCCAGCACCAUGGGGGGGCUCACCUCGCUCCACUCUUUCAACACCUUCCCCAGCAGUGGGCAGAAUAACACCCUGCCCCACCCACACCCACACUCACACUCCACCACCCGGGUAUAG